GUUGAUACGAAGGUUGAUACGAAGGUUGAUACGAAGGUUGAUACGAAGGUUGAUACGAAGGUUGAUACGAAGGUUGGUACGAAGGUUGGUACGAAGGUUGGUACGAAGGUUGGUACGAAGGUUGGUAUGAAGGUUGAUGUGAAGGCUGAUACAGAGGCUGGUGCGAAGGUUGAUACGAAUACAUUCAGUGCUAUUGUGCUAUUACAAUGA